AUGUUUGCAGGAUAUUUUGGUAAUGCUUUGGUCAUCUGGGCGACAUUCCAUAAUAGGUAUGUCUUCCUCUAUACUCAACCAAUAAACCUCUAUGUUUCAGAAAACUCCAAGGUAAGCAAGAAAUCUAUUUUUCGUAUUUGAUCAGGCUCCUGCAACUGUUUCAUGGCCUUUGGCUGUUUUGCCGAUAUAAUCCACAUGUCCGCUCACUGGGUGUAUGUGUACACGACAGUUGUUACUGGUGAAAACUUCAUCCCCUACGACCAAUGCUUGUUUUAUCAAGCCAUUCCCUUUAUCUUUGUUACAGUCAGCAUUAUCAUGACGUUAUUUGUGGGAAUCGAUCGAUUGGUUUCGGUGACAUUCCCACUAACCUAUGGGAAAACUAACAAGAAUUUGAUCGUAAUUGGGGGAAUUGUGAUCUCAAUACUCUGCGCACUGUAUUUUGUUGUCGUAUCGGUGAUAUAUUCACAUACUGCGGCAGGGAAAAAGUAAGUGAUGACUUGGGCAUGAUUUUCAAUUAUAAAACCCUAAGCCCAGUCCUCUGUGCCGUCGUGAACGCUGCGGGUGGCCGCGCUUUCUUUGACUGGUUCUAUUUUUGUGUCCUAGUCAACCUAAUCGACCUCAUCAUUUACACUACUGUAUGGGUAAUUCUCUUGCUCAAAAGUGGAAUAAGUGAGGAGAGCAAGAAAGUCUUCCGCUCCUUAUUUGUCGUCAUGUUAACAGUAGCCUUUGGAUGGCUAGCCAAUGCGUUUGUUCACGUCGUAAUUAUCCCUGCGUUCGUGAGCGUAGAAUACCAAUACGAAGUAACAUUUUUAUUUGGAAUCCCCGUAAAUCUAGCAAGUUCUGGAACAUUUGUAACACUCUAUAUCUUCAGGUCAGUAGAUACUGUACUAUAGUUUACUAAACAGAGUGGUUUUGGAAAUCCAUUCCUUUCGGGUUUUCUGAGUUAUAGUCUCUGAUAUUUUUAAUCUAAUUUUAGUCAGGAAUAUCGACAGACGUUCCGAAAACUGCUUGGGUUCAAUUUGCCGGAGAGCAGAUCAUCUUCAAUGAUUUUUACUCAAAGAAGCAAGACAGACGUGCCGAUAAAAGUAGCAACAGUUAGCAAAAGAAGAAUUGGUGACUCUCAUCGGUAA